CCAUGUCAAAGCAGCUCGGGGAUUUCAGUCCAUUUUGGCAGAUGAUCUGGCAAGAGAAAGUGGAGAAAAUUGUCAUGCUGACCAACCUUGUUGAAGAUGGGAAAGACAAAUGCGAGCAAUAUUGGCCUCAUCCUGGAACCAGUAAACACUAUGGAAUGUAUUUUGUUUCCUGUCUAAACGAGGAUGAAUAUGCCGACUAUACGAGGAGGGAAUUCACAAUUUCAAAGGGUCGCGAGACCAGAGAACUUCAUCACCUUCACUUUACCUGCUGGCCUGACAAAGGUGUGCCGGAUGAUGUGACAGGAAUCACUGAGUUCAGACAGAGAGUGCUGACCAUACCUGGACAAUUUGAUGGUCCUGUUCUCGUUCAUUGCAGUGCUGGAAUUGGAAGAACUGGAACAUACAUCGCUCUAGAUAUUUUGACAAAGGAGGGAGAGAGUGAGGGAUCAAUACACAUCCCUGGCUGUGUGAUUAAUAUGAGACACGAUAGGGCCAACAUGAUACAGACCAUGAACCAGUACGAGUUCUUACACAAAGCGCUCGUCUGUUCACUGAGUGAUAUCAGCAAACCAAUAAGAGGAAAACAUUUUCGCCAGUAUAUGAGGCAAAUGGGGGAUGAGGACUUCAACGGACAGUUUCAGGAGAUGCAAACCAUUUUAGAAAAGCAAUCGGAUAAGGAAAUGCAUGCCGUAGAACGGAAUAAAAGAAUGAAAAGCAAGAACAGAGCAUUUGCAGACAUACCAGGUAGUAUGAUGUUGCUUAAUGUGCUAUUGUGUGAUGAUUCAUUACAUUCGCUGUAA